AUGUCACACGCUAAGUCCAACAGAGACCAUUGUCCUCCUACACACAACCAUAAAAAAUACUUAGCUUGUGAAAAAAACGAGUUCGUCAAUCCUGGCGUGAAGCGAGACCCACCCGGCGACCCUGUCAUCACGGGCUACGAGGUGGGCGAGGUCCUCCGGGCGGGGGCGCGGCGCACCCUCACCUGCCACGUUUCCGGGGGCAAACCACGUCCCUGGGUGCUGUGGUACCGAGAGGGCCGACUGCUGGAUGACAACACCACCUCCACAGGCCCAGGGACGGUGGUUAACAGCCUGGACGUGGCGGUGACGGCGGGGGAGGACGGCGCUGUGUACGUAUGCAGCGUGUCCAACGACCUCAUGCAGGAGCCUCUCACAGCCAAUGUCACCUUUACUGUUUACU